AUUCGUGCACAACUGUUAGCACGAUCGCCGUUGCCAGGACUCGACGAGGCGUACCAGACGGUUAUGAAUACCGAGACCAUGCGCGCCAAGGCUGCGAGAGGUCCGGAGAGUGUCAUGGCGUUCAAGGUCGAGACUAAGGCUCGGUCGAGGUCGGGAGAUGUCAGUCGCAGAUUUUGUGGUCAUUGCAAUCGUGAGGGUCAUGAGGAAGAAACUUGUUAUCAGCUGAUUGGAUUUCCUGAAUGGUGGGAUGAGAAGAAACGAGGAGGACGAGGGCCUGGUCGAGGAGGCAGGACGUCGAUUAGAGGAGGCAGAGUAGCUCGCGGGGCAGCGUCGUCGACCAGUGGUGUCGCUCGUGCCAAUGCCGUGAGCAAUGCCACAGGAGGGGCGACAACCACUGUGACGAGUGGAGACGGAUCGCAGGGUGCAGUGACGACAACCAAUCAUGAGCUUGUUGGGGUGACGAAGGAGCAAGUCCAGCAAAUAGUUGACAUCUUGUCACGACCUUCAAACAAGUUGCAAGGACCGCUCGACGAGGAUGGUGAUUGGCGUAGGUGAUCGACAGGAAGGACUAUAUUUUUUCCGUGGGGCUCCAAAGGUUCGUGUGCUAGCAGUGGAGUGUGUGGUCGAC